UGUGCUCGGCGCCAUUUCUCUGCUCUUUAUUGCCCUCCCGUCUGUUGUGUGAGAAGCUAUAGGGAGGGCUCGUAGGCAUCACCAAGGACAAUGUUUCGGCGUGACUCGGAUCAGUCGAUCCCAAAGAGGGAGAACGGCACCCCUGGUCCGAGCUCCGUGCGGGAGCCCAAGGAGGAGAUCCUGGCAGGAGGACAAGCUCAUCCAGACAGCCAGCAAGCAGCGCUGCCAGGAAGUGCGCGGCUGGGAUGUGACACAGGGGCAGUGACGGGUGACCAUGUAGGUAUUAUGAGCGAGGGCUGGUAUGACAAGUGCCCGAGGUGUCCCGUUCCCACCGUGACGCCCUGCUUGUCAUGCCAGCUCGCCACGUGCACUCAGCACCUGCAUCUGCAGGGGGGAAAUGAGGCUUUCCGGCGAUCCCUCGCAGAAGUGGGGCCGCCUCUCCGCUCGAACCCGGAUCUCCGAGAGGAGAAAGGCACGGGUCCGAGCGCGAGCAAGCCUGCGUCCACCUGGAUGGCACAGCUAAGAGCUCGAGAGCAGCUGGCAGAGGCGCUGUUGCAGAGGGAGCGUGACAGGGAAGCCACGGUCAGGAUGGCCAAUACCCGGCUCAGAGAGAAGGUUGGAAAGCUUCUGGACCACAUGACCGAGCUGGUGAGCGCUUACGGAGUCCAGGUGAUGGGCUUGAUCGAGGCAGAGCUACGCCCCCGGGAGGAAAGCCUACGGGGCAGCACCUGGAGAAUCGCAAGACUGCAGCAGCAACUAGAGGAGGUGCGUCUCGGGGCAACUGCUGCCACGAAUGAAGGAGACGAAACCUUGACCCUGGAGCGGCUGGAAAGCAUUCAAGCUCAGGUGGGACAGCUGGUAGAGCAGCCCCUGGAGGGUGCUACUCAGGCGUGUCCAGACCCCGCACGCUUGUGUGCCUCACUUGAAGCUAAGAAUGCCGAGCUACGGGCUGCGCUAGGUGUAGCUCAGCGGGGGCUGCGGUCAGUGCUGAACCCCUCCGAGGUGACCUUGGACGCCAACACAGUCCACCCCAGUCUUGUGCUGUCAGAGGACUUGAGGACGGUGGCGUACAGUGCAACCAAGCAGCUGUACCCCCAGCACCCUGAUCGCUUUGUCAGCUUCCUGCAGGUCCUGAGCUCGCAGGGUUUCUCCGGCGGGCAGCACCGCUGGCAGGUAGAGGCUGAAGGGUGCCAGUGGGUGUUGGGCGUGUGCUACCGGAGCCUGGCCCGGGUAGGGCUGCCCAGCGCCUUGGAGAGCAGCUCUGGGUCCUGGUGCUUGAUGUGGUGCGACAACCUAUUGAGGGCUUACAGUCAGGGCCGAGACACCCCGCUGCUGAGGACCAUCGCACUGCGCAGGCUCGAGAUACACCUCGACUAUGAUGCCGGAAGCCUGACCUUCUACAGCGCUAAUGAUGGAAUAGUACACCUGCACACUUUCAAAGCCGCUUUUACCGAUCCCGUGUACCUGGCUUUCCGAAUGAUGUCGUGCCAAAACAAAUCACACAUAACACUGAUCUCGUGAGCAGUUUUGAUAUGUGGUGACAGACACUUUGUUAUUAUUAUUCCAUUUAGCUUACACUAAAUGUGACAUGCAAUAUUAGGUUUGUGUACAACUAGGAUUGGGGGGUGUGGUGUGCUUGGACUGUGCCUGCUCUCUGGUGGGUC